AUGGCUAUUAUGAAUCGUAUUCUACCUAUCCUCGCUCUUUCGUCGCUCGUGAGCGCUUCUGCAGUGCAGCAGCCUCUGCAGAAAAUACCCGAAGCCCAAGCUCUUAUCAACACCAAACCUCUCAUCACCUCGGAUGCCAUCCAAGAUCUCAUCACUUCGAAGAAUUUGAUGAAACGUGCGGAGGAGCUGUACAAAAUAGCAGAAUUGAGUUUGGACGAGUACAACCACCCUACAAGAGUUAUUGGAAGUCCAGGACACCUUGGUACUGUCGACUACAUCUACUCGACGAUUGCAGAGCUCGGUGACUACUAUGAGAUCUCCAACCAAACCUUCCCUGCCGUUAUGGGCAACAUUUUCGAAUACCGUCUCGUCCUUGGGAACCAUGUUCCCAAUUCGGCAUCUGCGAUGUCCUUGACUCCGCCAACCAAGAACAAGGAGCCAGUAUUUGGACCUCUUGUGCUUGUGGCGAACGAUGGAUGCGACGAAUCCGAUUAUCCGUCAAACAUCACCGGCUCGAUUGCAUUCAUAAGGAGAGGUACAUGUGCGUUUGGGGACAAGUCUGCCAAUGCUGGAAAGGCUGGAGCUAUUGCUGCUGUGGUGUAUAACAAUAUGAAAGGCAGCUUGUCAGGAACGUUGGGCGAGCCUUCGAAGUACCAUAUUGCGACCUUUGGUAUCUCAGAUCAGGAUGCACAGCCAUAUAUCAGGGAACUGCAAGCUGGAAAGAUUAUUAACUCUUCUGCGUAUAUCGAUUCGAUUGUCACGAAGACUGGUACCACCAACAUCAUCGCACAAACAAAAGGUGGUGAUCAAGAGAACUGCGUCAUGCUUGGAGGACAUAGUGAUAGUGUUGCUGAAGGACCCGGCAUCAACGAUGAUGGUACCGGAACCAUGACCUUACUUGAAGUUGCUACGCAAUUAGUCAAUUUCAAGGUUAACAACUGUGUCCGUUUCGCAUGGUGGGCUGGAGAGGAAGAAGGUCUGCUCGGAUCAGAUUACUACGUUUCUCAGCUCUCCGAGAAAGAGAACAUGAAAAUUCGUCUGUUCAUGGACUACGACAUGUUGGCUUCUCCUAACUUCGCGUACCAAGUCUAUGAUGCGAGAGACAACGUCAACCCAGUGGGUUCUGAAGAGCUCCGAGAUCUGUAUACUGCGUACUACGAGAAACAUGAGUUGAACUACACCUACAUUGCCUUCGAUGGACGAAGCGACUAUGAUGCAUUCAUCAAGAAUGGUAUCCCAGGUGGUGGCAUCGCCACGGGAGCAGAAGGCAUCAAGACCAAGGAAGAAGUCGAAAUGUUUGGUGGAACUGCAGGUCAGUGGUAUGACCCUUGCUACCAUCAGCUAUGCGACGACAUCAGCAACUUGAACUUUGAGGCGUGGGUGGUGAACACGAAGCUUGUUGCUCAUUCUGUUGCAACUUACGCCGAGUCUUUCAAGGGCUUCCCAAAGCGCACGAGUAUCAUGGCUAGUGCCCAGCAAGAGCGCUCCUUGUAUCAUGGACCUCAGCUCGUGAUGUAG